AUGAAGAACGUACGGGACUUUAAGAUUGAUGAAUGGAGCUCUUAUGCGCAAGCACUCUCCAUCAACAAUCUCAAGUCACUUUCGACAGACCCUGCACUAGAAGUCUUCGACCAUAAUCUGGAGCUCAGCUAUGGCCCUUUUGAGGGAUCUCAUCGGCUCCGGGAGCGAAUUGCCGCACUGCAUUCUACGAACGAAGAUAAGAUAGAUCCGAGCAACGUUAUCAUUACUCCUGGUUCCAUUAUGGCCAAUUAUCUAAUAUUGGAUACCAUAUGUGGCUCCGGAGACCAUGUGAUCUGUCAGUACCCAACAUAUGGGCAGCUUUAUCUGGUACCAGAGUUCGGCAGCGUCGAUGUCAGCCUUUGGAAAAUGGACGAGUCCAACAACUGGCUACCAAACACCAAAGAGCUCGCCGGGUUGAUCCGACCCAACACGAAGGCAAUUAUUCUCAAGUAA